AGACCAACAAGAUGGCCCCUGCUGCAGGAGCAGCCUCAGCAGCAGGUGGGAGGCCGGAGGCGGCGCUGGCCGUGGCAGCGGCGGCCGUUGUCCGGCGGCCUGGGACAGAGUCAGAGUCGACGGUGGCAUUGGCGGCGGCGGUGGCUGCCGCGGCGGUGGCGACGGCCGCGGGGACUCGGAGCUGAGAGGAGCUGCUGCUCGGACCAGCGCGCUUAUUCAGCCUCACUAAACGUCCAUUUCUCAUGGAGUUGACAGUUGAACACGGGGGUUAGGGGUGCUGGCCCUCCGCUCAGUUGAAAAUCUGUGUAUAAUUUAUAAUCGGUUCUCCGUAUAUGCGGUUCCUCCUCAUCUGCACUUUCACAUCCAAGGAUUCAGCCGACUGCAGAUCAUGUAGUACUGUAGUAUUUACUAUUGAAAAAAAAAUUCGUGCAUAAGUGGACCCUUGCUAUUAAAACCCAUGUUGUUCAGGGGUCGACUGUAUCUGUAAAAUGGGAUAACAGUAGUUACCUACCUUUUAUAAUUUUGUUCUAUGUAAAGCAGUGAGCUGUAUAAAUAGUAAAAAUUAUAAUGAUGGUGCAAUAAAACGUUUAUAUUUUCUGCUCUUUGGGGUUUCUGUAAUUUUAUAGUGUUUAAGGAAAUAAAGUGCUGUGUUUUAACUUUGUUUUAUGAUUAAUUAACAAAUUUUAAGUGCUCUACAAGGCCAUACUGGUAAAAAGGAAAGAACCAUUAACUCAACUCAAGUAAAGGUUAACUUAAGAUCAGAUUCUUUGUAGGCUUUUUUUUUUUUUUUCUUUGCGGUACGCGGGCCUCUCGCUGCUGUGGCCUCUCUCCUUGCGGAGCACAGGCUCCGGACGCGCAGGCUCCCGACGCGCAGGCUCAGCGUCCAUGGCUCACGGGCCCAGCCGCUUCGCGGCAUGUGGGAGCCUCCCGGACCGGGGCACGAACCCGUGUCCCCCGCAUCGGCAGGCAGACUCUCCACCACUGCGCCACCAGGGACGCCCCCUGUAAUAUUUCACACUAUGUGCUGACUGUAUUUACAGAAGAUAUUUAAAAAAAAGAAAAGAUAAACUUUUUUCAAAGAUUUUGAUUCCAGUGGAAUCUUUGCUUUAGAUUUUGUGUGUGUGAGUGAAUUGUAACUCCAGAAACAAUGCCUGUACAAGCUCCACAGUGGACGGAUUUCCUCUCCUGCCCAAUUUGCACUCAGACUUUCGACGAAACAAUUCGAAAGCCCAUCAGUUUGGGUUGUGGCCAUACUGUCUGCAAGAUGUGCCUGAACAAACUCCACCGCAAGGCUUGCCCGUUUGACCAGACCACUAUCAAUACAGACAUUGAACUCCUCCCAGUAAACUCAGCAUUGCUGCAGCUAGUGGGUGCUCAGGUUCCUGAACAGCAGCCCAUUACUUUGUGUAGUGGGGUUGAAGAUACAAAGCAUUAUGAGGAAGCCAAGAAGUGUGUAGAAGAAUUAGCACUGUACCUGAAACCACUCAGCAGUGCUAGAGGAGUGGGUCUGAAUAGCACUACUCAGAGUGUUCUGAGUCGCCCAAUGCAGAGGAAGCUGGUGACUCUGGUCCACUGCCAACUAGUAGAAGAAGAAGGCAGGAUUCGUGCCAUGAGGGCAGCUCGAUCUUUAGGUGAACGAACAGUUACAGAGCUCAUUCUCCAGCACCAGAAUCCUCAGCAACUCUCUUCCAAUCUUUGGGCAGCAGUCAGAGCUAGAGGCUGCCAGUUCCUUGGACCAGCAAUGCAGGAGGAAGCUCUAAAGCUGGUUCUCCUGGCCUUAGAAGAUGGUUCUGCUUUGUCAAGAAAAGUAUUGGUUCUCUUUGUGGUGCAAAGGUUGGAGCCACGGUUUCCUCAGGCCUCUAAAACUAGCAUUGGGCACGUUGUCCAGCUCCUUUAUAGAGCCUCCUGCUUCAAGGUCACCAAGCGUGAUGAAGACUCUUCUUUGAUGCAGCUGAAAGAAGAAUUUAGAACGUAUGAAGCUCUGCGGCGAGAACAUGACUCCCAGAUAGUGCAGAUUGCUAUGGAAGCAGGCUUACGAAUUGCACCAGACCAGUGGUCCUCUUUGCUUUAUGGGGACCAGUCUCACAAAUCUCAUAUGCAGUCCAUUAUUGACAAGUUGCAGACCCCAGCCUCUUUUGCACAAAGUGUUCAGGAACUAACAAUUGCUCUCCAGAGGACUGGAGAUCCAGCAAACUUGAAUCGACUAAGACCCCAUUUGGAGCUAUUAGCAAACAUUGACCCUAGUCCAGAUGCUCCUCCUCCUACUUGGGAACAUCUAGAAAAUGGGCUGGUUGCUGUGCGUACAGUGGUACACGGGUUGGUUGAUUAUAUCCAGAAUCACAGCAAAAAAGGAGCAGAUCAACAGCAGCCUCCACAGCAUAGCAAAUAUAAAACAUACAUGUGUCGAGACAUGAAGCAGAGAGGAGGAUGCCCUCGUGGGGCCAGCUGUACAUUUGCACACUCACAGGAGGAACUGGAAAAGUUUCGUAAAAUGAACAAACGUCUGGUUCCCAGAAGACCCCUGAGUGCCUCUUUGGGUCAACUUAAUGAGGUGGGCCUGCCUUCAACAGCUAUCCUUCCGGAUGAAGGUGCAGUGGAUCUGCCUAGCAGAAAAACCCCUGCUCUGCCAAAUGGAAUUGUAUCAGCAGGGAAUACAGUAACACAGCUGAUUCCACGAGGGACAGACCCCAGCUACGAUUCUAGUCUGAAACCAGGAAAGAUAGAUCACCUGAGCAGUAGUGCCCCUGGAUCCCCUCCUGACCUGCUAGAAUCUGUCCCUAAGAGUAUUUCUGCCUUGCCUGUUAAUCCACAUCCUGUACCUCCAAGAGGGCCAACAGACCUGCCCCCUAUGCCUGUCACCAAAUCACUUCAGAUGGUACCACGAGGUUCUCAGUUAUAUCCAGCACAACAGGCAGAUGUUUAUUACCAGGAUCCUCGAGGAGCUGCUCCACCAUUUGAACCAGCACCUUAUCAGCAGGGUAUGUACUAUCCUCCACCACCACAAUGUGUGUCCCGCUUUGUCCGACCUCCACCAUCUGCUCCUGAACCUGGUCCUCCCUACUUGGAUCAUUAUCCACCGUACCUCCAAGAUCGUGUAGUAAACUCUCAAUAUGGCACACAGCCACAACAGUACCCACCUAUGUACCCACCACACUAUGAUGGCCGUCGAGUAUACCCUGCUCAGUCUUAUACAAGAGAGGAGAUUUUCCGAGAAAGUCCUAUACCCAUUGAGAUUCCACCUGCAGCAGUACCAUCCUAUGUACCAGAAUCCAGAGAAAGAUACCAACAGAUGGAGGGUUACUAUCCAGUGGCUCCCCACCCAACUCAGAUCAGACCUUCGUACAACAGAGAGCCUCCUUACAGCCGGCUUCCUCCCCCUCCCCAGCCCCAUCCUAGUCUAGAUGAGCUACAUCGAAGACGGAAGGAAAUAAUGGCACAACUAGAGGAAAGGAAGGUUAUCUCUCCACCUCCCUUUGCACCUUCACCAACAUUGCCUCCUGCCUUCCAACAAGAGGAAUUUUUGGAUGAAGACUUGAAGGUAGCUGGGAAAUACAAAGGAAAUGAUUAUAGCCAGUACUCACCCUGGUCAUGUGACACCAUCGGCUCCUACAUUGGAACCAAAGAUGCAAAACCCAAAGAUGUUGUGGCAGCGGGGAGUGUGGAAAUGAUGAAUGUGGAGAGUAAAGGAAUGAGAGACCAGCGAUUGGACCUUCAGAGAAGAGCAGCAGAAACCAGUGAUGAUGACCUCAUCCCAUUUGGAGACCGACCAACAGUAUCUCGAUUUGGUGCCAUUUCUCGAACUUCCAAAACAAUAUAUCAGGGUGCUGCCCCAAUGCAGGCUAUGGCACCUCAGGGAGCUCCCACAAAAUCUAUUAACAUUUCAGAUUAUGGUCCGUAUGGAGCCCACAGUGGCUGGGGAGUUUCUCCAUAUUCACCUCAUCAAAACAUACCUUCUCAGGGACACUUCAGUGAGAGGGAGAGAAUAUCUAUGUCAGAAGUGGCCAGUCAUGGAAAACCCCUUCCAUCUGCUGAGAGGGAACAGCUACGACUAGAAUUGCAGCAAUUAAACCAACAAAUUAGCCAACAGACCCAGCUACGUGGACUAGAGGCUGUCGGUAGCAGGCUGGCGCUGCAGAGGGAGGCGAGCGCCUUGGCAGGCCAAUCACAGCCCCCACCGCCGCCGCCGCCCCCACCGAAGUGGCCUGGAGCGCCCUCAAGUGAGCAGCUGAGCUUGGAACUGCACCAGGUGGAAAGGGAAAUCGGGAAGAGAACCCGGGAACUGAGCAUGGAGAACCAGUGUUCUCUGGAUAUGAAAAGCAAAUUGAAUGCAAGUAAGCAAGCAGAAAAUGGACAACCAGAACCACAAAAUAAGGUUCCAGCUGAGGACCUUACAUUGACAUUCAGUGAUGUGCCGAAUGGAUCAGCCUUGACACAAGAGAACAUCGGCCUCCUAUCAAACAAGACCAACUCUCUGAACCUGUCAGAGGACCCUGAGGGAGGAGGGGACAGUAAUGACUCCCAGAGAUCAGGAGUUACAUCCAGUUCUGCUCCCUAAAACAUGAGGAGUCCUACUUUUAUCUUCUGUUCCUAACCAAUUUGUGGGGCGUAGGGGUAGGAGAACAGAUAGCUUCUAAACAUUUUCUCUGAGAGUGGUCAGAGAAAUCCAGGAAAAGCACCGGAGGCAAUGUGCACAAACACCACUACUAAAAACAAACCCUGCACAUAGUUCACAAUAAUGCAUUUUUUAAUUUAAAAGAAAAAGAAAAAGAAAAUUAGCAGUAUCUGCAAGCAAUUCAGAUUAAAUUUGUUUUUGUUCUGUGAAUGAACUUUAUUUUAAUAACUUUGGACGCCUUGGAUCCAGGGCUUUAAAAAAAAGAAGAAGAUAUUAUAUAUACACUCUGUUUGAUUAAUUGUAUGAUCUUAAUGAAGUAGGUUUUUCUUGUAUUUUGGUAUUAUUACAUACCCAGUGUGUAUAAUUCCUUACCCCCAAUCCUUUCCAACUCUCACAACCCCAUAAAUUACAACAGACAAAAAGCACUGGCCUUUCUGAGAAUUCUGUGGUGCUUGAGAAAUAGACAGUAAUAGACUAGUUAUUAGAAAAUGUGCAGCACACCAACUUUCUAAGAGCUGUUAUUUAGAAACCAUAAUCUGCUUUCUCUUUCUGGGUCACUAGCUUCAUGUGUAGGUAGGUUUUUCAUAUGGCAUUAAAACUUUUUGUAGUUAUUGUUCAGGAGGGCUUUAUUUCUUGUUUUUGUGUUUAUUUCAGCUUUUCAGAGAGAUAAUUACCAAUUAAUUUUUGAAGCCCUCAUUUCCGAUAUUAUGGAUGGACCCCUUUCAUUCUCUUAAUGUAAUCAGAAACCUGAGUCAAUUUUAGAUUGCUUUAGUAGAUUUAAAUGGAGAUUACUUUCAGGAUAAAGUGUAGUUUAUUAGCACUGAAAAUACAUACUUGGUUUAUUACCUGUAUUGAGGUGAUGGUUGGAAAUUUAGAGCUGUGCUUUUCCAAAUUGAACCUCUGCUGAAAUCAUAGAAUGUUCAAAAACCAGGACAAUCAACCAUGUUGUAAAACUGCAACACUUGAUUUGAACUUAAAAUGAACAGAGCCACAUUAGUUCAAUGGAUGUGUUAUGUUUUACUCUCAAAAACCAAAAGUAUAAAAUUCCCGUAUACUGGAGCCCUUGGCUUUCAGAGAUUGGCAAAUACGAACUGCCUGAAUCUUAAGGAUAGUUCAUGAAUUAAUCAGUUGCAGCUUUUCAGAAUCAUUAGCACAAGCAGACAGUAAGUACCUAGAAGUCAAUUUUUGUAGUCUUGGCUUUACAAUAUUGAAAAGAUUCUUCAUGAAAAUGUUGAAAAGAAUAAGGAAGGAUUUUUAUUACUUAGUUCUGCUGCACAUAUUCUGAUGCCACAUGUCUGUACUGAACUAAGACCAUAUAAAACAUGUUUAGUGGGGGUUAUUUGAUAUAGUCACCCACCCUAUCCCUGUGUUUGCCUGAUUUUCUAAAAAUUUCCCUUUCUGGAUUAUACUACUAAAACAGAAAGCACUGGUUAUGUAAUAAGUUACUGCAUUGCUUUGGUUGGGUAAAAGCAAGAGUUUGUAUUUUUCUUGUUUCUUAUUUUCUUAACCCUUAACUCCUGCUGAGGUCAUAACAACCUCAGUCUAAGCUCUGUGUCCAUCAUAUUGUUAAAUGAAACAAAUGGGGGGGGUGAGGGUGGGGGGAGGGUAAUACAGUCCUGCCAUUGCCUACCAGUAGGAGAGUCCAAACAGAACACUCUUUUGAGUAGCAAUUAUUUAAUUUGCCCAGUCAAGGCACCGUGUUUAUAUACUAUUUCACAUUGAAUUUGAUUAUGCCCUACAGACCUGGCUGGUCAAGGAUUUGAUAUACACAUAUUGGCUUGGGAUUCGAGCUUUCUUUUUUAUUUAAAUAAAAAUUUAUAUAUAUAUUAUAUAUAUACAUAUAUACAUAGCUAUAUCUGUAUAUAUAUUGGGUAUGUUUUAUGGAUUUUUUCGCAUGAGCGCAGCUGUUGCGAUAAAAUGACUGAUUGGGAGGUAGAAACACUGAAUGAAGAUGAGGCAUUUUAUCAGUUGAUAUCCAUAUUUUCCUUUUUUUUUAAAAAUACACUUGCUUUUUUGCUUUUUUUAUUUGUUUUAUUUUGCUUAAAACCCUCUUACAUUUAUUUACUCUUUAAGUACUUACUGUUUUUUUGGGAGAAGGAGAGAAACUUUUAUGUCUGACAGAGUCCCGAGAUUUUUCAUUUCUCUCUAUAGCCAUAAAAGACAACAUUCUUGGCCUCUAACCUUCUGUAGGCAGAUUUGGGCAGAUGUUAUUUCUCCUUUGGACAUGUUUAAUUCCUAAAUUUUAAGAGCAGUUGGUUCAAUUUGGAACUCAGAAUGAUUCUGGUACUGAAAAGGAAUUUAUGGGUAUUGAUUUUGUUGAAAUUUGGAGUAAAAGUAAAAUUCCAUUUUGGGUAUCUGUUGAAACCCCUAAUAACUCAACUUCUGUUGUUCUUGUUCAUUUUCUUCAAAUAUACUCAUUCUUCCUUUCACCAUUUUGAUUUUGUAAGCUAGGCAGAAACAGGGAUUAAUUUACACAGUAUUCCUAUACUGAAUAAAACCAGAGAAGCCACUGUUUUGAACUGACUUAAAAUACUCUCUUUCUCUUUUUAAGGUAUUUUCAUGGAGUGAAGAUGGGGGGAAUCUCAAAUUGUAGCCUUAACCCUAGCUGUACCUCUCUAAGGCCUCACACUCUAGAGGAAAUCUGAGUGGGUAGAACAACAAGAGAAAGGUAUACUGUCCCAUUGUGCCUGUAAUUUACCUAUUUUAAAUUGGUUACUCUGCCUUACCUCAUAGAAAUUCUUACAACUUUCGCAGUGCUCACAAGCAGUUUUAGGAAUUCAAUAAAACCUCCAUUGUUUUUUUCUCUUUCUUUUCCUUUUCUCUGUUGUAUACCUUGUGAUAUGAUGAGCUAAUAAGGGUUGAUGGCCUGUUCAGGCAAAACUGCUUGACUUUCUAACUGCUUUUUUGUUAAAAUCUAUGAAAAAUAAUUGACUUUUCUAGCUUUUUAAAUUUAUUCCUUUAGAGACAGGUAGAAGAUGAAACCAGUCAGAUAGGAAAUACAGUUUUUAUGCUUUCUACUUAUUCAAAUGUUAAUUUCUUCUGAAGAUGACUGUUUGCUUUUCACUGAAUUAAAAGACAAGACUCAGACAUCUCAGAUGAAAAUGAACAAUUCUGAGAAGGUUAAGGUAGGAGUAAUAAGCAUUGUGUUCAGUCUGGAUAACAACACCAGAAUUUUAUUCCAGCUAGGAAUAUAAAAGUACUUGGACUUUUUCUUUCUUCAGUGAGUCUCUGGAAGAGGGUAGAAGAACCGAGAAUAAGAUAUCUAGACUCAAUUUUCUGACUUAUAUGUAGUUCUUUUGCCUUACUUAUAGAUAUUGUCAUAAGUUCAGUAGGUGCCAUGACUUGGGUAAUUUACAGAGGCUGAAGUGACCAAAGAUCCAUUCCUUGUUAACUUUUCUAAUCAAAAGAAAAGUUAGUUAUAACAUAGGUUUCUAGUAAUAUUCAAAUAAUAAGACACUAUUUCUAAUGCCAGCUACAAAAUACUCAACUACUCAGAAUGUAUAAAAAUUUAUUUCAUACAGCAUUAAUGUGGUUGAUUCCCUUCUCCCAUUUUAUUUCCCUUCCCUUCUCCUAGUCUUUCCCAUGUAUUUAUUUAUUUAUAUAUAUUUUUUUGCCUAAAAGACAUAAAAUUGGUAUGAUUCUCAUUUGCUACCUUGAAUAUGUAACUCCAUCAGACUUUCCAUUGGUCUUUAGGGUUGGAGCUCAAAGUUUUUGAUUUUCUUUUUUUCUCUGUCCCUUCUGUAUCUUGCAAAUUCCCCUUGAUUUACCCACUGCCCUCCCCAAUCUGCAACAGUGACAGUUUGCUGCCUCAAAACAGAGCAUUCAAAUGAAUUCGCUUAGCCAAUAACUUCUGUGAAGUUGCCUUUUCUAAUGGUGUUAUUACUCAGUGAUGCACAAAUGUGGUAUUUGCCCUACUGGUAGGCAAACAAAGGUCUGGUUAGGAACGGUAACCUGCUGUUUUCUUUAAAGGAGAGCCAAAGACUUGUGCUUUACUCUGUUUUGGUUUGGGAGGAAAUAGUAGCCAUUUUGAUUGUGAAACCUCUUAGUAGUUGUGAGUUGAUUAUACUGUGUAGGGAGAUGUAUCUAAAGUUAACUGUUAAAGUUAGCUGGCCUUAUAAAAUGUAAAAGUAAUGAAAAUUCUUCAGUUUUUCUAAACCAUGAAUGUCAUCUUUUACAGUAUUGUGUGUAAGCAGUUCCUCCUCCCUUUUGUUGAGAUUAUCUUGUCAUGAUAGCAUGUUGUAUUUUUGUUAUUUUACUUGUGCCUAAAGGACAAUCUCCUAUCACUAUGGUCAAGUAACUAUAGUCAGUACAUGUUAGAUUAUAUUCAGAUUCAGAGAAAAAUAGAUUCUUUUCACUAAAGAGUACUCGGUUGUUAUUGCUAUGUACAAAUGGUUAUAGAUGGAGAGCUAACCAUCUUUUUCUACUUUUUUUUUUUUUGCUCAUUUUAAAGAAUUGAGUAAAGGUUUCAUGUAUAAAAUCUAUCUGUAAAAAGCACUUGUAAUGUCUUAUAUAUCAUUAAAAGGAAAGGCUCAGUUACUUUUUAGGGGAAAUUAAUAACCUGUCUGGAAAUUAACUGCAGUGUUUACUUAGAUUUUUACCCUGAAAGAGUCCAAUUGUGUUUAUUUUUUAUUGCCGAUACAUGGUUAUAAUGUUUGCAAGGUGAUCUCUUCCCUGAAAAGUCUGCCUAUCCUUUUAGAUAAAAAUUAGAGUUACUAAACUAAGCAGAUUUUACGUUCAACGUUAGGGAUUGAACAGGCAAGCAGUCUACUACUGUCAUCAUUUUACCUGACUGCCCAUUUUGCUGGCCCACAUUCAUACCUUUCUACCUUGGACAGCUAUGAUUUUUAUAUUUAUUUGUUGUUUCAGCUCAGCUUUAUGAAAUUUUCCUGCUGAAAUUACUUAUUGGGAAUUACAGGUGGAUUGCAGUUAAUAUUUUUUAAAAUUCUUAUUUCAACUUUCCUGAGCCACUUAGAAAAAGAAAGUUGUUUUUGUCGAAAGAUACUGUUAAUUGUAGUAAAUGCCAGCUUACCGUUUGGUUCUUAAGAUUUUAUUUCUUUGACUGCUAAAGGUGUUUUCACUCGCAUUAGAUUGUAACGCUAGCUAUAAUGUUAAUGAAGAAUAGGAAACUGCCACCACCAAGAAGAAGUAACACCUUUUAAUAAUAAAUAUGUUCCCAGUGGGUAGAUUCUCAAUACUGCACUGAACAAAGUGGGUAAAGAGCCCUUUGAAAUCCUAUUGUGAUAAAGGGACUAACCUCACCACUGGAAUCCUUGUUUUCAGAGCUUCUGAAUUUUCAGCCAAACACUGAACUUCCCCUAAACUUUAUUCCUGAGCAGAACAUCCCUAGAGUAAUAACCAUUAUUUUCAAAAGAAAAUAAGGCACAGUAACCCAAGAGAGAGAACUUAAGCCUCACAACAAAUUGUGUCCAAAAAUAUGUAUUUAGAAAAAUAAAAUCCUGUGGAGUUUGUUAUCCUAAUGUAUGUUGUAUACUAGAUAAGGUGACUUAUUUUCUUGUAUUGAGGUCUCAUUAUUUCUAGUUGGGUUUUUUUGUGUGUGUUGUUUUGUUUUUAAUUUAAACUCUAAGUAGACAGAGCUCACAGGUCUUUGGCAUCCAUUCUAGGUUGUGCACUCAGAGUCAUCUUAUAACUGGAAACUGUCAGGUGGGCCCCUACCCCAACUCCAGAUGGUGUAUGAAAGGGUCAAGAAAAGAAUGGAAACAAACUAUUGGGUGGAUAAUUGGUAGCCUUUUUUUUUUAACCUGAUUUUUAAAAUCACCAUUUAUUAGUGUAAUCUCUCUCCACUGAUAGGCUGCGAUUCUCACAAUAAUAUCUGAACCACCCUGUAAAAUACUCCUCUGAUUUCAAAGCAUUUAAGCUUUUGCUUAUCAUGUUUACAUCCUCUGUUCAACUAAGACACUGUUCUGAGAGCUACUUUUUCCAGGUGUAUUGUUGCCUAAAUUUCCUUUAUUCCGCCUUUCAUCCUUUCUCUUCUUCCCACCUUCUGGGAAUGAAAGGAACUUGGGGGAAAAAAGUUUUUCUUUUUUUCUUCUUUUUUUUUUUGUUUUAUUCAUUGAUCCAUAGGCUUCAUUAUCUUACUUGAUGAUGAAUCUGUGAGUUUUUAGAACAACAGAAAUGGAAAAAGUGAAUCAAGAUAAUGAACAAAACCUUUCACCCACUUAAAACAUUUUCCAGUUGUGAGAUUCCUCUUCUUGUGUGUGGUCUCUUCCCCUUGUUACCCUUCUUACCCUUUUUCCCUGACUAUGGUCAAUUUGGCUCAUACCAGUCUCCCCGAGACAUUCUGCAGUCAUUAUCACCUUUUUGGGUGGAUUUUAUUUUGUUUUAUUUUGUUUCUGUGUUUUUAAGUAACUUUUUAACAUUGAUGCAUAUUUGCUUGGGAUAGAGCUUGUGUAAUUUACCAAUCGUAUUGAUUGUAUGUGAUUGUGCCCUGCAGAGGUAUAUUUAACAAGUCAAAAAUAAUCUAGGAUAAUAAAGGAGCCCAUGAGAUUUGAGUCAGGUUAUAAAUGACUUCAUGAAAUCAUUUACAGUUUGAAUAGUGAGAAUUUAUAUCUCCUGUUCUUAAAUUAGUGCUAGACAAAAUACCAUUUUUUUUAAGUUUUCUUGCAUUCCUAUUUUUCUCCCCUUUCCUUUUAGCUCCCUUGUUCUUUCUUGCCUGCCUCCUGUUCAGAAAUAAUAAUAUUGAGCCUUAAAGAGACAGCUCAUUUCUAAGUUGCUGAAGUUUGUGAAAUUUUACUUUUUCCAAGUGUUUCCAACUUUUCUUUAAAAAGUGAAGACAUAAUGAGUUGGAAUUUCACAAGCUGUGAAAUUAGCACUUGGCAAACUGUGAAAUCUUAUUUGAAGACUUUAUCUCCUGGAAGUUCUUUUGGAAUAGGAAAAAAGAACCCUGUUUUUGAAAUAGACCAUUUCCCUCUCUUUUUAAAAAUCUGUUUAUAUUUUUGAAUUUUUAAACAGACUUCAAAAAAGUGAAGUGGAAGAAAAAUAGUAGUAGGAAGAUGUUUAGGACAGCAAAAUGCUGGGUCUGAAUAAGUACAUACUCUCCUUGUUGCAGAGUUUUGAGAGGAUGAGGGCCAUCUUUUUAAUUUGUAUUAUCUGUGUGCAUGGUGUCUAUAUCAAAGAUGCCACAUUUUGUUAAAAUGCUAUUCCUUUCUUUAUUCUCUUGGAAACUGACUCAGCCUCAUGUUGCUCCAAAUUAGUGUUUAAGGCUCCCACAAGUUGCAGAUAAAAGGACAAGUAGAAGGAGGUGAUUCGCCUUUUGGUUUGUAAAUAUAUGCAAGUGUCUACAAGGUCUUUAUCUGCUUUCUGUCAGCAUUUAUAUUAAAUGAUAAAUUGAUGAGGAGAAACGCGUAGUCUUUUUUUGUAAAUGAGCCUGCCUCUUAUUCUAACCUUGGGAUUGUUUUCUUACACCUUUUUUAUGGAGUUUGUUCAUUU